GGCGCGGGCGGAAGCAGUGUGGGUCGGCGGCGCGGGGCGUGGAGGCGGUGCCGCCGUCGGCGCCCUGCGCGUGUCCCAGGAUGACUCGGUUCUGCCCGCAGUGCGGGCGGGGCGUGGAGCCGGCUUUCAAGUUCUGCCCGGGCUGCGGGGAGAAGCUGCCACCGUCGGGGGAGGAGGCGCCGGCCUUGGCCGCCCGGACGAGGGCGGCGCCGGCGCCGGAGCCAGCGUCAGCGCCAGCGCGGCGGCCGCGGCCACCGCCGCCGCGGAGCCCCGCGACCGUGGGCAGGGUGAGGAGCGGCUCCUGGUCGCCGCGGAAAACGCGGAGCGCCUCGCUGGCGCCGCUCCCGGAGGACCAGGUCCUGACGGACCACAGCAAGCAGCGCUGGAGGCUGGUGAAGCUGCUGGAGCAGGGCGGCUGCGGGCUGAUGUACGAAGCACAGUCAGCAUCUGGAACCUGUCCUCAAAAGCAAAGAUACUCCCUGAAACUUGAUGUAAAAGAUGGCAAGAUCUACAAUGAACAGAAUUUCUUCCAGCGAGCUGCAAAGAAAGCCACAGUGGAGAAAUGGAAGAAGCUGCAUUCUGUGCCAUUGCUGGGUAUCCCCGAUUGCCUUGGCUUUGGACUCCAUGGAGAUAACUACCGGUUUCUGGUGUUCCCAGACUUAGGACGAACCCUUCAGUCCAUCCUGGAUGAUGGUUUAAACCUACUGAAAGAGAAGGCAGCUUUUCAGAUUGCAGUCCGGCUGCUGGACUGCCUGGAGUACAUUCAUGAAAAUGAGUAUGUGCAUGGGAACAUCGCAGCUGAGAACAUCUACGUGAACCCAGCUGACCUCACAGAGGUGACCCUAGCGGGCUAUUGCUUUGCAUUCCGUUACUGCCCGGGAGGGAAGCAUGUGGCUCAUCGUGAAGGCAGUAGGACCCCUCAUGAAGGCACGAUAGAAUUUAUCAGCCUAGAUAGCCACAAGGGAGCAGCACCAUCUCGUCGGAGUGACUUGGAAUCUCUGGGCUAUUGUCUGCUGAAAUGGCUCUCUGGCUUCUUGCCUUGGUCUGAUGAGCUGACUGAAAUAGAAACUGUGAUAGAGAAGAAGGCAAGGUACAAGGGGGAUGUGACAGGCCUCCUCCAACUGUGCUUCAGGCAGAAAUUGAUUCCAGAUGCCCUGCAGAGCUACCUGCAGCAAAUAAUAGCACUAGGGUAUGAGGAGAAGCCUGACUAUGAAGGCCUGCGGCAGCUCUUGAAGAAACCACUGGAGAAGAUGAAAGCUUCAGCUUAUGACUCAUUGGAUGUCAAGGUCGUACCCUAAAUCAAAAAAGUUUGCACACGAAGAGUUCAGUUCAAAGCUUUCUGCAGUGUGAGGCCUUUCCAGGAGAUGCAUCUAACUUUUAUCUACCUGUUUUAGAAUUGAGGUUUUUAGAGGUGAUAUUCUCUGGCUUUAAUGUGACCCAAUGCUGAAUCUUGAGCCACUGCUAUAACAUGUCCCAGGUGAUGUGAAGGCACUGCUGUGUGGCAAGUAGUUGUAAGCAGUAGCUGGGCAGCUAGCUGGAGAACUAAAAUCAGGGACUUUUUGUAACUGUAUAGGCAAUACCUUGUUUUGUAAUAAAGUUCGUGGACAAGCA